CUAUAAGUUAUAAGAUACGCCUUCGUCUUUAUUUGUAAUAAUAUAAGAAGGGCGUGUGAAAGUGGUAGUAAGCGAUUGAUAAUUAAUUUGAAAUAACAGGAAUAAACAUUUAAGGUAUAAUCGAUACGUGUGAGAAGAGUAGGUUACUUAUUGUUGGGGUGCUGCAAUUAUAACUACUAAACUAUUUCAAACAGUCAUAGAAGAAAUAAGUUAAAGUUUAAUAGUUAUUUUUACUUCAAAUUUUUACUGCGAACGCCAUCGUAUUACCCACAAAAUUGACAAAAUGGUGCAAGGUGGGAUGUCAGUCGUGAAGUAUCUAUUAUUCGCCUUCAAUUUUAUAUUUGUGGUAACUGGAGCAGCCCUUAUUGCUGUUGGAGCAUGGGUCCAAGCUAAAGCUGCUGAAUAUGUGGACUUCUUGGGGGACAAAUAUACAUCAGCACCAAUACUGCUUAUUGUUGUUGGUGUUAUCAUCUUUAUUCUCUCCUUCAUGGGCUGCUGUGGUGCCAUCAAAGAAAAUUACUGCAUGGUUAUGACUUUUGCUGUUCUGUUAUUUAUCAUCUUCGUUCUUGAACUGGUAGCUGGUAUCUUAGCAUAUGUUUACAAGAGUGAGGUGGAGACUGUUCUUAGAAAGAACAUGAAGAAUGCCAUGAUGAACUACAAUGAGUCAAAUCAUGACAUUGUCACUAAGACAUGGGAUGAUAUGCAGUCUAAUUUGAAGUGUUGCGGUGCAAAUAAUGCUAGUGAAUGGAAAAAAUAUAUGGGUGAGGUGAACCUGCCUUACAGUUGUUGUCCAGGAAAAGACCCAACUAAACCGUGUCAAAUAACUGAUGAUCACUUUACAAAGGGAUGUGUCGAUGCCUUGGCUAGUUUCCUGGAAGACAAGAUAUUGGUUGUUGGAGGUGUUGGCAUUGGGAUAGCCUUUGUGCAGAUCAUUGGAAUCAUCUUUUCUUGCUGCCUUGCCCGUGCUAUUAAGAAAGAAUAUGAAGUUGUGUAAAGCAGUUCAAUAUUUGUUGCUCAUUGAAAUCAAAGAGGAGCAACACAUCGCUUUCAGCACUAUAUUUUAAUGUGUAUCAAAUGGUGCAUCUCAUGAAUGUGCCAGCACACUUCAGUUGAUAAUGAAAGCUGUUAAUUUUUUCCUCACAUAUAAGAGUUUUAACAUUUUCUGCUAUUUUUUAUGAAUCCUAUUUUCUAUCAGCUUUGAGAUUUUUAUCUAUCAGAGGGUAGUUAUAAUAGAUAAAUUUUUAUUUAUGGUGCUGAAAGACAAGUUUUUUUUUGUGAGUUAACUUGUUAUUCUUUUCUUUAAGGCUGUUGGUGAGAUAAUUUACCUUGAUUCUUUAACUUUUAUUGUGUGAUUAAAUUGUACAUUUGAUGUUAAAAGGAUGUCUUGUUAGUCGUGUCAAAUAUAUUCUUUCUGCUAGCUAAGAUUGCUAGCAGCUAUAUUUUACCACCACUUGUAAAGUUAAGUGUAUUUGUUACUAAUGUUUAUUAUGCAACAGUCUAUUCCAUGUUAUCAGUUAAACAUCCUGUUUUCCUUGUUUAUAUUUGUACUGUUUCUAUGAAUUUUCUGAAUCCUGGUGUUGGAUCUUGAAUAAAUCUGUUCUUUCUAAGUUGACUGACGAACUUGGUUUAUGGAAAUAUUAUGAAGUAAGAAGUCCCAAUCCUAAUUUGAGCUAAAUUGGAAUAUAUUGAGAAAUUGUAAAAGCUCGUUUAUUUGCUCGAGUGUUGAAUAGUCCUCUUCCUGUAUCCUAAAACUUUCUUAAGUAUUAGAUAUUUAACCUCAGAUAUUUCCUAAUCCAGAUCUCGGAAUCUAUUGACUUUCUCAGGUGGUGAUUACAAUCAAAUCCCUGAACCAAUUGGUUUGCUUAGUUAUUGUCAAAGCCUCAAGAUUUUUCAGAUGGCAACUUAGUCUAGUUCUUGAGUCACUGGGUUAUUCAGAUAAUAUCUUGGAGUUGUUUGGAAACCAUUGUAUUCCAUGUACCCCAUUUAUAUUGUGUGUGUGUGUGUGUGUGUGUGAAAAGUCAGAAAAAAGUAAAUGUUUGCCAGACAUCUUAAACAAUAACAUAUAUUUUUCAAUAUCCAAUAACAUAUUUUUUUAAUAUCCAAAUGAUAGUUUGUUUUUUAUAGAAGAUUUAUUCAGUCAGUUAAGAAAUAGCUUUACUUUGUAGUGAAACAAAACCAAUAUGAAAGUUGAAUUUUGUGAUGGCUUGUUAUCACAAGUUUUUUAAAUCACUAAAUUGAAAAUUUGAAACUGUGUAUACAAAAUAAUAAAAUUAUAUCUGUGUGA